AUGGACAAUUUUAUGGAGGAUUCGGAUAAUCUCAUCCAAUGGCUGAGAUUAAAGCUGCAUAAGGCAACCCAACAGUCACGAAGAGCAGUUCUCUCUCAAUCGGAAAUUCGUCCAGCAGCUCUCGUUCGUCGAUCAUCUUUCUUCAGCUCUCGUUCAGCAAGAAAUCGUCAAGCAGCUCUCGUUCAACUUGUUGGCAGCAAUGAACAAAUUAAGGAACCACAUGUUAUAAAUGCAUCGGACAGUGAUUUUGGGGAAGAUGGAAUGGACGAAGUUAGCUCGAUUCCUUUUGAAUCACCAGGUGGUGGUAUGUAUUGGAAACCUCGGGUUGGAGCUGAAUUUAAACCUUAUCUAAACCAAAGCUUCCGAUCACUAGAGGAUGGUAUAGAGUUUUACCGAGAGUAUGGACGUAAAAGUGGGGUUGAGAUCAGACGGCAUACAGAGAAGAAACAUGAGGACGGUACAGUUCUUCUUAAACACAUUAUUUGCAGUAGAGCUGGCAGCAAUGAAUCAAAGAUGGAUGUUGAUUAUGAGGAUUUUAGUAGCAGUUCGAAAAAGAGAAGGAGAACUGUAUCUAGUAGAUGUGGUUGCAAAGCUAAAGUUGUUUUUAAGUUUGAUGGUUUGAAAGGAUAUAAUGUUCUCUCCUUCGUUGAUUUGAUGUCAAAUAGAGUUCUCGGUCUCGCACAUAAGAAACUUGUAUUUGAUGCAGCAAAAGCCAACAUGGGGCCUAACAAAUCAUAUAACUUUGCUAAGGAGUUGUGUGGAAGUUAUUCUAAUGUUGGUGCUAUGUGUACCGAGUUUAAAAAUUGGAGUAGGGAUGUGAAGCUUUAUAUUGGUGAUCGAGAUGCUCAAAUGAUCAUCGAGAAGUUCACGGAUAAGAAGGAGAUGAGUGAUGGAUUUUUCUAUGAUUAUGCAGUUGAUGAAGGCGGUCGAUUAACUCGCAUCUUUUGGGCAGAUGUUAUUGGGCGAAGAAAUUACGAUGUAUUUGGAGAUGUGAUAUCAUUUGACUCUACAUAUUCCACAAACAAGUACAACAUGAAGUUUGUUCCAUUUACUGGUCUCGACAAUUAUAAGAAGUGUGUUGUAUUUGCAGCAGGAUUGAUAGCUAAAGAGGACAUUGAUAACUAUGUCUGGAUUUUUGAGGUAUUCAUGAAAUGCAUGAUUCGCGAGCCAAAGUGUAUUGUUACAGAUCAGUGCCCUGCCAUGAAGCAAGCUAUACCAACCGUCUUUACAGAAGCACGUCACCGUUUGUGCAUGUGGCACAUCAUGAAGAAAUUUAACCAAAAGUUGGCAAAAUGCAUUUCGAAGAUGGAUGAUUUCAAGAGGAAGAUCAAUGCACUGAUUUGGAGUAUAGAUAUAGAUCCAGCAACAUUUGAAGUCGGUUGGAAAGAUGUUAUGAAAGAAUAUAAGCUUGAAAGUAAUGAAUGGUUGUGUGAACUGUAUAACAUUCGGGAGUCAUGGAUUCCAGCCUAUUAUGAUGAUGAUCCAAUGUGCUAUGGAGAAGCAAAGGCAUACAAACGCAAGAUUAAACUAUGA